CCCAGGGCCUUGAGAUUGCUCGCAUCAAGCGCAUCAAAGUCCAAGGCUGCUGGGUCGAUGCGAUUGAGCUGGCCCGUCUGUAGAGCACGGCCGCUGCUCUAGGCAAUCUCAUACCCAUGACUCAUUUGCUCGACAACAUCACUUGCUUCACGGCCCUCCGCCUAAUGUGAAGGUUGCUUCUGGCAAUCCUCGUCUUCUUCUGGGGGAUUCGCCGUGUCGCUGCUCCAUCAUUCAUGACUCUUCGUCCUGUCCUCCAGCGCAUAAAUGGAGGGACAUGGCCAUCCCCCUCUCAUCGCCCUUUCUCAUCUUCAUUCAAGCAACCAUCCUCUACUUACCUCUUCCUCAUCAACUUGUACAAGUAUGCCUUCUCCCCCUCGCUCAUCUCGUAAGACGCUUGACACGGACUCGCCAGAUGUCAAGUUGAAGAAGGACCUCGCUCGAGAACGUAAUCGCAUCCACAAGCAAUCUUCGCGCCAGCGCCAGCGAGAAUCGCAGCUUCAGACGGCAACCGUCGCCCACCACGCUUCCUCUCCUGUGGUGUUGCCUUUCCUUCGUGGCACUCAAGCUGAUUCGGGCCCAGCUGUAUACUCUCACCGCAUCUCUCAGCCAGUGACAGUUGUCGCUGAACAGCUGCCUCUCGUUCCGUACGCUACACUCUACCCAGACGCACCACCCACCGGUCAACAAGCUCUUCAACGAGCACUUGCUUCAGCUGCACUCCAAAUGGCUAUUGAAGCUGCUUCCAGGACCAUUCAAGCCCAACAACCUACAGAGAUCCUUACUGCUGCUUCCAGACCAACCUCCGCAGCAACCUCUUCUACAGAUGCUACUCAGGUUGAGAAGGAAGCAUGUGCGCUCGACUCGUCCUCACAACCCAUCUCAGUCACUUCGACACCUGUCUUGCGCAAUGAGCCAGUCAUGCCAACAGUCCCUCACACCACCCUUCCUCCCAAUAUCCUCAAAGCGCUCGAAGUACUCAACGCCCAUGGCAUCACAGGAAGGAGCGCGCCGCCUACACCUCCUGCAACUGAAGUCGGACAUACACCGACACCUACAACGUCGCCAGAGCGUCUGUCUCGUCCUACAGGACCCUGUCCCUCUCCUUCUACUGCACCGUACUGGUCCACCGUCCUUGCACCCAUCCAACCUCAACAUCGGCAACCAGUGGAGGACAGACCACAGUAUAUCUUACCUCGCGUGGCAAACAUGCCUCCUGCAGUCUUGGAGCCCAAUACCUGCACGACGCUGGAUCAGAUGCACAAGAUCAUGCCAUUCCCCAACUGUUCGUUGUUUGAGGCAUUGACACGACACAAAGCUGCGGUGGAUGCGGUUCAUGCGCGAUUCGACACGUACUCUACUUGAUGGCGUGCGCGCUUGCUCCUUUUCAUCACUGCGCUGGCGAUCCAU